GCCGUUGAGGCGGGAGGGGGCGGCGCCCGCAUCGUCGCCGACAUCGUCGCCGACAUCGCCGACCCCAUGGAGCCGGAGGCGGCGGCGACGACGACGACGACGACGACGGAAGCCUCCCCCGCCGGCCCCGCCGCGCUCAGCUGCUUCUCCUUCAACCAGGACUGCACAUCCCUGGCGAUUGGAACCAAAACCGGUUACAGGCUAUUCUCACUGAGUUCGGUGGAGCAGCUGGACCAGGUCCACGAAAGCAACGAGAUCCCCGACGUCUACAUCGUGGAGCGCCUGUUCUCCAGCAGCCUGGUGGUGGUGGUCAGCCGCUCCAAGCCCCGGCAGAUGAACGUCUACCACUUCAAGAAGGGAACCGAGAUCUGCAACUACAGCUACUCUGCCAACAUCCUGUCCGUCCGCCUCAACCGCCAGAGGCUGCUGGUUUGCCUGGAAGAGUCUAUCUAUAUUCACAACAUCAAAGACAUGAAGCUUUUGAAGACCAUCCUCGACACGCCACCCAAUCCGACUGGUCUGUGCGCCCUCUCGAUCAACCAUUCCAAUUCCUACCUGGCCUACCCCGGAAGCUUAGUGACCGGCGAGAUCGUCCUUUACGAUGGAAAUCACCUGAAGACCGUCUGCACCGUGCCCGCCCACGACGGACCCCUGGCCGCCAUCACCUUCAACUCUACCGGCUCCAAGCUGGCCAGCGCAUCCGAGAAGGGCACGGUCAUCCGUGUGUUCUCCGUCCCCGAGGGGCAGAAGCUUUAUGAAUUCAGGAGGGGGAUGAAACGGUACGUGAACAUCGGUUCUCUGGUGUUCAGUAUGGACUCGCAGUUCUUGUGUGCCUCCAGCAACACUGAGACCGUGCACAUCUUCAAGCUCGAGCACCUCACGGACAGCCGGCCGGAGGAACCCCCGACCUGGAGCGGGUACGUGGGCAAGAUGUUCAUGGCAGCCACCAACUACCUCCCGUCGCAAGUGUCCGACAUGAUGAACCAGGACCGUGCCUUCGCCACCGUGCGCCUCCACUUUUCCGGUCAGAGGACCGUCUGCACCCUGUCCACGAUUCAGAAAUUACCUCGCCUGCUGGUGUCGUCAUCCGACGGUCAUCUUUAUAUCUACAACGUCGACCCUCAGGACGGGGGAGAAUGCAUCUUGAUCCAGACCCACAGUCUGUUGGGUUCCGGAAAGACGGGAGAGGACCCCGGAAAUGACACCGAGCUUCCAUUACCUCAGUCUUACGCCGCUACCGUAGCCAGGCCGAGCCCAGCUUCCACGGGUUCGACAGUGCCGGGUUACUCGGAGGACGGUGGGGCCCUGCGAGGAGAGGUCAUCCCCGAGCACGAGUUUGCCGCCGGACCGGUGUGUCUCGACGACGAGACCGAAUUUCCUCCUGUUUCUGAGAACGCUUGUGUCCCGGGCUGCUUUAAUGAGGAUAUUAACGCGCACCAAAUGCCGGGGAAGGUACGAGGCGAUGGGAUGGCACGUGGUGCACGAUUAAGAGGGAAGCGGGCUGGGAUGUCAGCCCGGUCUUACAGAUGAGGAAGCCGAGAUCGUCUUGUGCCGUGGGAGUCAGAAGAGCCAAGCCAAGCGGCCGUGAGGAGAUGUUUGCCUUAGAACGCGGGAGGAAGAGCGGAGUCCUGACCCCUCGCGGACCCCCGUCCUCUCAGGUUCCCGCACCUCAUGGUGAUGACUGUGGCCAUAUCAGCUUAGAACCACCAUUUUAAGGACGUGGUUUUCCUUUUUUUUUUUUUUUUAACUUAUAUCUUCUGUACAGUAUAUAUAAAUAUAUAUAUAUAUAUACACACAUAUAUAUUUACAUACGUAUCUCUAUUUUACUCUGAAAAAGAUUUUUGCAGCAAUGAUCGGAAUAAAGAUUUUAAUAAGACGAAUAACGCGGUGACUUACAAAAUGAGAAUUAAAGCAUAUAUAUCUGA